ACUCGACACUCGUUUAAACUAACAAAGGAACUGCGGAUCAGCUGUUGACCAACAGUUUACCCGUAUAUCUUAUAUCCUAUUUCAUUAGUAGGGCUCACCGUAGUCCACCAUAGGCUGAAGUUAUGCUGGAGCAAAAUGGUGAUAUUCUAUAUGGCCAGUUCAAUGGCGUUGCUGCAAUUAAAAACGACCUCAUUAUUGCUAGAUCAAGGAGUCUUUCAGUUCGUGAUGAGGAAAUGCUACGCCUUAUAGGCCAGUAUCUUUGUGACAAGGGAUUUAAUGGCACAUAUACACAGCUUUCCAGAGAGUCUGGGAUCACCCUGGAACACAACGAUGCAACAGAGUUGCGUCAUGCUAUUUUGGAAGGUAGAUGGCUUGAUGCUGAAGCCGCAAUAGACAAGUUAGCACCCAUGAUAGGGGAUCUAAAUAGUGUUGAAGAAGUCCGAUUUUUGAUAUUAGAACAACAGUUUCUGGAAAAUUUGGAAGCCAAUGAAGUAAUGCCUGCCGUCACGCUUCUACGUAAUCGUAUUACACCUAUGCAACGUAAUACAGAGCGAGUACAUACUUUGGCCAGUUGUUUGAUGUGUAGAACUGCUGUUGAACUCCAAGCACAAGCAGGUGGUUGGGCUGGAGUAGAUGCUGGGAGUCGUUUACAGCUGAUCAAUCGAAUACAAGCCUUUAUACCAGCACAGACAAUGUUACCACCUGGGAGACUAGAAGAGUUGAUCAAUGAAUCUGUUCGUGCACAGUUGGCUUCAUGCAUAUUUCAUAAUCCUCCGAUGGGUGUCCAAACUGAUAUACAUAAUAUAUCAUUACUACAGCGUCAUUCGUGUGGCAUGCAAGAUUUCCCAGCAUUUUGUAUUCAAACUUUGGACCAUCAAAGAGAUUCUGAUCUAUGGUUUUGUCAGUUUUCUCCAGACGGUAGCUAUUUAGCAACUGGUGGCAAAGAUGCAAAUGUCGACGUUUGGCGUGUAGACUCUGUACGACAUGCUGUCUCAUUUUUCCGAGUAUUAACUACACCUGCAUAUAUUGGCUGUCUGUGUUGGUCACCUGAUUCUAAAAAAUUAGCAGCCUGUUGUGGAGAAGAACAAAGUUCCGUUCUAGUAUUCGAUGUAUUCAGUGGUCAACAAUUAUGCAGCCAGAAGGUAAACGAUGAAGAUGUCUAUUCAACCGCCUCAUUUUUCUCUGAUAGUCGUAAACUAGCUUUUGGUGGUUUGAAAGGGAGCUUCUAUGUAAUGGAUACGGAAGAUCAGGGUCGUGUACUUGCCGUGGUUGAAGGUUAUCGUGUACAAAGUAUGGCGGCUAUAUUCCCACCGAUACCAAGUAUGCUUUUGCCUAAUGGCACAGAAUCUGUCCAAGUUAACCCCCCACCAGAUAGAUCUACUCCAGGUGCACCAGAUUCGCCAGCAAAUGGAUUACUUCAAAAUGGUUCGACAAACGAUGCAGUGAAUAAUCGUUCAGAAAAUCAAAUUGACCAAUUGUUAGUUGCAGAUAGCCUACAUAGAAUUCGAUUAUUUAGAUUUGGUUUAGUUUGUUCAAAUACGUCAUCUAAUAAUACAAAUACCACAGCGGAUACUGCUGAUAUACCACUAAGUACAGUCACCACACCACAUGAAACUAGUACCACAUCUAUAUCGACUGUAACCAUUUCGACUCUGUCUGCUUCAUCUUUUGCUCAUGCACCUGGUGAAGAGAUUACAACCAGUACAACUAUCGCAACAACAACUACUACUACUAGCAGUAGUAGUAUCAGUACUACUACUGCAUCAGCAUUAGCUGCCUAUUUAUGUUCAAGUGGGAGUGCACCAGGUGCUCCAACUUCAGUUAAUAUUUCUACAUCAGCUAGCACUGGUACAACUAAUCCGGGUAAUGUUAGAAGUAGUGAUAGUAGUGAUAAUAACAAUAAUAGUGUAAUUGCCACAAGUACUACAGGAGAAAAUCCUGGCGUAGCGACAGCAUUAGCUGUUGCACGAUUAGCACAACAACAACAACAACGUUUAUUACAAUCGUCAAAUCCUAUGACAACAACAAAUCCAGCAUCAACAUUAACUGGUAAUUUAUCUUCAUGGUAUCAACAAUCUGGUGCAUAUCAGGGAUCAACAAGUCUAGCGUAUACAUCAAGCUCUUCUACAUUACCACCGGGUAUUUUAUUGGAUAUGCCUAUACUGCCUGUCAGUUUAACUCGUCUUGGACCACCCACAACUCAGGGUUUGCAAGCUCAAUUAGGUCUUCAGCCUAUAUUGCAUCCAGCUGGUUCUUUGCAUGGUUCAAAUCCAUACACAGUUGUAUCAUCAUCUGGUGCAAAUAGUCUAGGCACUACUGGUAGUAGUCUAACUAUUUUAUUCGGUGCUCCUUUGGAUAGAACUUCAGCUUCUUAUGCAACUACUCCAGUUGGUACUUCUAGUUCAGUAACAACCAAUCCGACAGGUGUACGAGCUUUAGCUGCUGCAGCUGCCGCGUUAGCCAGUGUAAACAGUCGUCAAGUUCAUUCUGUCUCCAGUGGUACAACAAUGUUAACAGUGUCUACAUCACCUGAUAAUAGUGGAGUAGCUACAGGUCGUUCAUCUGUUUCUGUAACAAAUAUUGGCUCCACCGUGAGUACAUCUACUUCUACUAUUGGUACUACUACUGGAUCUCCAACUAAUCCGACUACAGUUUCAGCAUCUCUACCAGCGACUGGAUUUUCUACAUCAACAACCAGUACAACUACAAAUGCUCAUGCUAGUAGCCUGUCUACAAAUGGCAGUAAUUAUGGCUUAAUAGAUCAUAGAACUCUUUUUAAAGAAACUCAUCCUGUUCAAUCAAUUAUGAUUUCACGCUCAGGAACUAUGGCACUUCUUACUAUACAUAAAAUGGUAAGUUCAAUCAGUCAGUAAUUUAUAUUUUCUUGUUUAUAAAAGGAACUCAAAGUAACUUAACUGUUAUUUUAAUCAUAAAUUAGUUUAGUAGAAACUGUGGGGGAAAAAUGAAGUGAUAUAAAGAAAUUUCAAUAUUUCCAGUUAACAUGUGAAUAGUUAUGUGAUUACACUAAUAUAGAGUACACAACUUAUGUUUUUGGAUUUUUGUCUAAAAUUCCUUAAAUGAUCAAUCUUUAUACUGCAAUUUCAUCUUUCUCAAUAAGAAUAUAUGAUUGUUAUAAAUUGUUAAGAAUAAUCAAUCAGAUAUAUCUGAUAGAAAGAGGCAUUAGGUGUUGAGUUAUGCAAUUUUUGUAUUCAUUCACAAAACAAAACGUUGUUUUAUAGCAUGACCGUUUCAUUUUAUCUAUUUCAUUGGGUUAAAUUGUUCAAAUUUCAGUUAAUAAGUUCCAGAUUUGAACCUCAUUUCACCUACAAUGAUAUAAUCUCUCUUUUCUUAAUCAAUUCCAUAAAUAGUCACUUCAGUCAGUUAUUUAUAACUUAGGGUUAUAGGACAAGUAACAUGUACUAGUCCAAAUCGUCCACACACACACACACGUUUCACAUUACAGUACAUCAAAAGAAACUGACCAAAUUGAAGGUUAAAUUUAAUUAACCUAGUUGAUAAUUCAUGAAAUUUUAUCAUCCACCAUUAAUUAGAUGCUACCUUAUCUCUUGAUAAAAUGUAAGUCUAUUUUUUUAGAAUCGAAUAUUGAACACUAUUUGAAAAUGUCCGUCAGCUAACCAACUAAGGAAUAUCACGAUGGUGAUUCUCAUUAUUAUUUACUCUACACUCUUUGUCACUAUUAUUAUCAUAAAAUAACUUAAAUCAAUAUUUUAAUGGCUUUUCUUGCACUUAUCUCCAAUGUGAAUGAUUUUCUUUUCCUUCUAUGAAAGUAUGAAUCAAUUAUGGUCCCGCAUGAUAAAGUGUAUCAUAAACACAUUUUAUUUUUCGAUUACUCUUCUCUCUUUUAUUGAUUAUUGGUAUAUAACUAAAUUUUCCUUUAGUAUGUCCACCAUAUUUUCAUGAAUUAUAUUUCCUCGGUUAAUUACAUUGCGCCAGUAGGCAUUUGGCCAAGGAAAUAUAAUUCAUGAAAACGUGAGCCACCUAUUGAUUGUUGGCUAGGAUCAGGUAAUAACUACUUAUUCAACAAACUGUGGAAUGAUCAUAGACCAGAUAGGUGUUCUAAAAGGAGCAACAAUCUUGUACGUAUUCAUGUCAGCCGUAGCUGGUUGCAAUACGACCAGUCCGAAUCCGGGUUUGUGUUGCAAAAGGGAGACUCUCAAUAGCAUAUUGGCGUUGACUGUGGCGCUGGAAAGAAACAGUUUAUCUUCUAUUAGAUCUUAAGUUUAUAAAUUCCUCAUAAUCUUUUGAUUUCACUAAUUUAUAUUUUCUGCCCGAAUGGUAUCUUCGACGCCGAAUCUCUUUUAUUACCGCUAAUCCUCUUACUACUUCUACUACUCUGAGGUUUCUCCUAACAAUUUCAUCUCUCUGUGCCAAUGAGGUGUGGUAACUUAAACUGUACGCAUGUACCAGAUCCUACGUUGCGUCUGACCGACAAAGCCGUACGUUGAAAUCACCGUUUUCUGGUAUGUGACCAUCACGUCCUAAUUAGCUAUCCAACCGUUUCUCGUCUAUAUCUAGACACCUGAAUUUAUCAUUCAAAUCUCUCGAGCUAACACCAUAAUAUUUGUCGAGUGCGUUUUCGUGAGUUAUUGGUUUGAUUAUUUGUAGAACUCAUCUUUGUUUCAUCGGUGUGUAUGCGGAGACUGAAAAGGUUUUUGCAAGGGCAGCUAAACCUAUCAGCUCUCCGACAUGCAUCAAAGUACAAACAUCGAGUGAAGUAGGUAUAAAUGACAUGCGUAAAAUUAGGGGAACUAUCAGAUCCCUUAAUCAAUGACAGCAUUCAUAAAACCGAUAGUCCAGCAAUUUAAGACCGUUUAGAUGGGUUAGAACUUCGAAUAAAGUUGAGCUGUAAAUAGAAUG